CAGGCGGCGGUAUGCACCUCAAGGCGGCAUUCUGGUCCACUAUUAAACACAAAGAAGCUGCCGAAGACGAAGAAGAUGGAGAAGAAGGAGAAGAAGGAGCGCCGUCCUUCGUGUUUUCUCGGGUUUUUGUCCACGGAGCAGCGGCGGGAGAGUUAAUAAAGCUGUAAGACAGAAACGACAGCAGUUGGUGAACUCUGGAAAGAAGAGAAACGGUUUGAGGCUCAGCUGGAACUGCUCAGUAACUGUUAAAGGAAAGUUUAGAGAGAGAAAAGCUAGCAGAGAUGUGGAGACAGCAGGUCAAACAGCGACUGGAUGCAGCAGAGGAGCAGAGACACGAAAUACUGGAUGCUGCUUUCAGCCCCGAACAUCCCGUGUUCCCUGAAGAUGUUCAGCAGCUGCUGGUUAAAGAAGAACAGAGUCCUGACCUGGACCCAGAGGACCCGCUGCCCGUCCACGUAAAGGAGGAGGAGGAGGAGCGCUGGAUCGGUCCGGAGGAAGACAACCUGGAUGACGCCACCAGGUUUCCAGUCAUCAAAGUUAUCGUUAAGAGUGAGGAUGAGGAAGAUGAGCUUCUGUUGUCACGGCUUCAUGAAGACCAGAUGGAGAACGGAGACGUUCCCAGCAGCAGCUCAGCGGAGCAGAUGAAAGCAGAGACGGAUGAAGAGGAUGGUGAAGGAGCAGAAUCCAGCAGGAUUCAUGCCGACUCCUCCAACUCUUCAGAGACUGAGGUCAGCGAUGAAGAGGAUGAUGGUGAGGCGCAUCCUGACUCCCAGAUGAGCCUCCUGUCAGACAUUGGUUCUGAAACCACGGACAUGAGCAAAGAGUGGAAGGAGAGCGGCGCUCCAGAGUCCCGGAGUGGAAGCGCCAUGACAGUGAAGUGUUUCAUCUGUGAUGACUGUGGGAAAACCUUUAAAAAGAAACAUUACCUCAACGAGCACAUCAGGAGCCACACAGGGGAGAGACCGUUUGGCUGUCCCGUCUGCGGACAGCGGUUCAGUCUGAAGAAAUGUCUGAACGUUCACGUGAGGAACCACUCUGGGGAGAAACCGUUCUGUUGUGACGUCUGUGGACAGAGGUUCAGCCUGAAGAGAACGCUGAACGAUCACCAGAGAAUCCACACGGGGGAGAAACCAUUCAGUUGUGAUGUUUGUGGGCAGAGCUUCAGCCUGAAGAAGACUUUAAAUGACCACCAGAGAAUCCACACGGGGCAGAAACCGUUCAGCUGCGACGUCUGCGGGCAGACCUUCAGCCUGAAGACCACUUUAAACAGACACAUCCAGAUCCACACUGGACAGAAGGCGUUUCGCUGUGACCUCUGUGGACAGAGGUUCAGACAGAAAUCCACUUUGAACCGACACAUGACGAUCCACACAGGACAGGAAACCUAUCCCUGUGAGGUCUGUGAACAGAAAUUUGAGCGAAAGACGCAUCUAAACAUUCACAUGAGAGUCCAUGCAGGGCAGCAGGCGUUCUGCUGCGAUGUCUGCGGACAGAGGUUUGACCGCAAGUCCAACCUGAACAUCCACCAGAGGAUCCACACCGGACAGAAACCGUACUGCUGCGGCUUCUGUGGCCAAAGGUUUGGCAGGAAGUCCAAUUUGAACAGACACAUGAGGAUCCACACAGGGGAGAAAUCCUUCUGCUGUGAGUUCUGCGAACAAAGGUUCAGCCUGAAGACGAGUUUAAACGACCACCUGAGGAUCCACACGGGAGAGAAACCUUUCUUCUGUGACGUCUGUGGUCAGAGAUUCCGACAAAAGUCGACUUUAAAUAUUCACAUGAAGAUCCACACCAGGCAGAAGUAAAGUUCUGCUUGAAUCAUCCAGCUGACGGGCAGAGCUGCUCACAGCCAGAGGUUCUCCUGGUGUGGGAACGCUCCGCCCUCCAGGUCCGGCAUCCUGUGGGUUCCUGUUCCUUCCCUGGUUUCUCACAGCUGAAUCAAGUGAUGGUUCAUCAGCAGAACCUCAGAGGUCGUUGAACCGUUUCAGCUACUGGUUGGAGCAGAAACACGUAAAACCCAGAGGACACCCUACGGUCCUACAACACAUGAUUCUUUAUUGUCCAGCUGCAGAGGAAUAUUUAUAUUCUGAUAUAAUCGUCUAGCUGUUGAUAGCCAUCGUGAAGAAGUUCCCACAGAGUUUGUGGGAACUUCAUGUCCUUUCAUUUCAACAUGUCUUCAUUUCCAAAACCCUCUGGAGUCUCAACCGUCGGGUUUUUCUGCAGAACAUGCAGAGAAAAAAUUUUCACUAAAAGCUUAAACUAUGAAUGUGACGUUGUGUGUUUGUAAGUUUCUUAUCUUUGCUCAUGAAUGAAUCUCUGGUGCAUGAAAUGGUUUUGCCAAAGUCUUAGUUUACGAAAAGUAAAACAAUAAAUUCUGUCAAGGAAAACUAACCGUCCAGAAAGAAAGUUAAUAAUUACGUUUGUUCUCAUUCUGUUUUCUGAAGACAAUAGUAAAGGAGCUGAACUAUCUGAGUGAAUAAAUCUGUUCUGUAAUGGA